CGACCUUUCGGUCACGUGUCCGUGUCUAUUUUUGUCACUGUACGCAUAUUAGUCCUAAAUUUUGUCAGCUGUACGCAAUACCAUCUAAAAAUAGUUCCAGUCGGAAUGAAAAAUUGUAGAAAAUGUAAAUGUUUCGGUGUGUAUUUGUCUUUUGAGCAAAAUACGAAGUAACGUAUCCGAGCCCAUGAUGUAAAUCAUGCCACGUAGAAAUAGUCAUGCGUUUGUUGCCAAGAUCCAAAAGUCUCGUUCAGUUUACGUUCCUGAGUCCACGACGAAACUUCGUCCCUCCGAAUCCAAGUGAAGAAAUCUAAGAAUAAGUUUGUUUACGAAGUGUGUAGUGAUUUCGAGUGCAUUCCCCAAAAUUGCGUCCACUAAAUAUAACUUAGUGCGUGCGUGACGUAACAGCAUGUGUCAUGUUUGGAAAACCGGACCCCCAGCAGCAAUGGUCCGUCCACGCGGAGUUUACCAUUUCGCAUCCUAGAUCCGAUCCUGACAAUCUGCCCCAGGCCCAUACCGAGCAAGCUGACAACGGUGUGCGCAUGACCUACACCUGGACCUCGCAGGCGAACACCUGGAGUGCCCCGCCGUCGACAUCCAGCGACAAGUACGGUUUCCAGAAGGGGAAUCUCCUGUUUACGUCGACGCCACCGAGGAGGGUUCACGAUUCGGGCUAUGGAAGCGAUUUACUAUCACCGAAUUCGUACCAAAGACAACAGCCCUACAAUCGCAAAUGUCGCAGCACCUGCAAUAUCGUCCUUUCGACCAACAUCGAUGAAAAUAGAACGGAAGAGACAGAAUCGGUACAUACGCAAUGCGGAAGAACGCAGAGUUUGCGUUGCCAAACACCCACGUUACGGUGCGAUAGAAAGGAUAACUUUUACGGUUGUGGGGAUCCAUGGUGUCACCACUAUGAAGACUUCUCGGGGAGGUUUUCACCGGUUUUGGAGACAUGCGAGGAUUCUCCGUCGACGAAGGAUUGCGAUAAUCGAAGGGAUGCGUGUGUGCAAACGUUCGAAAUGAUUGAUAAGUGUACAUCGCCCAUUGUCAAAAUGGGAAGGUUAAAAAAAUAUGCAGAAUAUGAGGAUCGGAAGGAGAAAAGGGAGAAGAAGAAGUACGGAGCGGGGAGUAGGAGGAGGACUGAACCGAUUUUUCAAAGGUCACAAUCGCCCUCCUCCAUCACCCCGGAUAGUCUAGAAGGGGCGAAGGGUCAACGGCGUUUGGUGCGUUCCCCCAAGCAGGGAAAGAAUGCAACAAUUGGUAAAGAUAAAGACUCUUCAACGGAAUCAAAAUUGAGCGAUGCGUCGAAAAAACCACGAACAGUCCACAUUGACGUCUACUGUACCGGAACAGAAAUGGAAUCUGAUUCGUCUUCGACAGAAUCCGAGACAGCUUCAACACCACAAACGGUAUUCGAAUCGGAAAAAGUCCGAAUAACGCAUAAACGUGCUGAUGAAACUCAAAUGCCAUUCAAUGUUCGCAAAUCGCGAUCAAGGAGUAAAGAAAAAGAGGUGAAACGAGUCGAAGAGUCUGAUGAUGAUGGUGCAAGUACGGCGUACCCAUCGAAAUUGAGUUCUUAUUCGACUAUAAGGGAUUUCGAGUCGAGUAUUUCGAGUGUUCCUCAGUCGUGGACGCCGUAUUCGAUGUCCAGUUGUACGGUUCCGGAUGAUUAUGAUUCGAUCGCGAACACAUCCUGGAAAGAUACUUUUUCCGAUAUUGAUAGUUUGAUUCAUAGUCGUUCCAGUAUUGCUCAAACUGAAAGUCUGGAUUUUGUUCCGAGGAAAUUAUUUGAGAAGAAUCAAAGUAUAGAUGAAACGCCUGAAAUUUUAGCAACUCCAAGUCAGGAGAGUCUACAACCUAGUGAUAGUUUCGAAUAUGCCAAUUCAGAGGAUCGUCUCAGGAUCAAGAAAAUGGAAGAAUUUUGGAAGAAUAAGACUUAUUCCAGGCAGUGGAAGUCGCCACAUGUGGAACGCCGCUAUUUACUACAACAGAAGAAGAUUAAAGAGUAUUUGGAGAAGCGAUUAAGUGAUAGGAAUUUGACGAAAGAAUCGGAUUCAGAGGGUAGCGACGGUUCGGAGAAGGGUUGGACUAUAGUGAAGGAAAAAACCGAAUUAGCGCCAAAAAUCAGUGAUAUUUCGUGUAAAUCCCCUAGUGUUUUGGCUAUUCAACAAAAAUUGACCAUGGAUCCCACUCUACGCGCCCCUUUUACUAUAGUUCCCGGCAUUUAUACGAAUCAGCGUGCUAUUGCGAAAAAAUUCGGUUCGAUUAUUCCCGUUGUGCGAAAACCUGGUCAUCAUAUCGGUCCGGUGAAAAACCCAGAUUGUCUUUGCGAGCAUUGUCAAAGACAUUUCGCGAGUGUGGGUCAUCGAGGACGUACGCGGUCCAUGGGUGAUCCUCCGUCGUUUAACAUUGGUUAUCCACCGACCGAAUCCGCGUCGAAUAAAAGUGUUCCGUCUCAAUUGUGUACCGAUUUUUAACAACGCUUCACAUUUUUAGUUGUAGUUUAGUGUUAAUUUCGUGA